AACCUUAAUCCGGUAUAAAUAUGCAGGUCGGAUCACGGUAAAGUCAGUACCAAUCGUUGAGCAAUCAACGGUUAGCAAUCCGCUUCGUUAACAGAAUAGCACAUUUGGUUCCAAGCUUCGUCAUCAUGAUGCUAAACUGCUUCCUAAGAAGUCCUGUUCACAGCUUUCUAGCCACUGUCAUUCUAGUCGCAGCGGUGGUCCUAGUCUUCGAGGGUGGAAACAGUGUCGUCGAGGCGGAUGAAUUUCCGACGUUUUUUCUAAAGGCUGCUAAAUCCGUGCCGAGGAUCGGCAGGAGAAGCGGAGCCGACGAUGACCUUUUCUUCAAGAAAGCCAACCAUAAGAUCGGGCGCAUCGGCAGGCGAGGAGGAUACGCAUCGUCGCCGAUAAAAAGCGCAGAAUCCUUGCCUUGGUACUCGAAGCAGCCCGCACAAUUUUCAAGAGCCGACGAUAACGAGUAUUGGUCAGCAGAGAAUGUCGCUCGAGCUUUGGAACAGUCUCCGGAACUGUGGGAAAUGACAACAGGUGACGAAUCCGGAGAAGAUCCGACGGUCGCAGGGAAAGUAUGGCAGCGGGAAAAAAGGACUGGAAGCGAACAGGCGGAGAUGUAGACCGAUGAAUGUGAUAAGAACAUACAGAAAAGGAUCAUCGACGCCUGAAGCGAAGAGGAUAAUUCGCCGAAUCUAGAAUAGUUUAUAACGUGUCAUGACAGUGUAAUGACAUAACAGCACGAGCCUGAAUUAGUACUGUAGUAACUACUUCUCUAAGGUGAUGGGACAAUAAAUCGUAAUGCUUAAUAAAA